UCAUACGGCCAAUUUGCGCUGUGAUCGCCUGGGGUAUGGCCAAGUGAGCUCGCAUGCAACUGGAGAAGCGCAUGAGCGCGAAAGUGGGAGGGAAAAAAAGAAACCGAAUGGAGAGGCAGGUGUUUCGUUUUGCCAAACCUCCGGGAGCUUUGGCUUCGCGACGUCAUGCCUUUAGUGACCUCGAAGCCACUAGGCUCAGAGGUCUCGAGGGUUUGGUGCGCAGAUCCGACGCUUGGCGCCCGACGCAUCGGGAGAUACCUCCUCAUGAAGCGCAAGCACGAAGAGUCGGCUUACCUCUUGACCCUCCGCCGGAGGGCAGGUGAGCUGGUGGCCCGCGCUGGCCUGGAGAACGGGGAGGUGAAGCUGGCGUACAAGAAGUUGGUGGCCGAGUUUCUGCACGCAGGAGGUCCGGCAGACGACCUCAUCGUGAAGAUCGGCGCCCAGUUUUUUGGAUGCCCCUUGGGGAAAUCCAGAGGACCCGUGGGAGACAGCCCUCUGCCAGGCUCCAAGCUCUUGGACUUUGACUAUUUGGAGAAGUUCAUGGUGGAUUGCUUCAUGGCGUCCGGGUGUCCAGAAAAGGAGUCCAAGAUCUCGGCCAAUGUCUUGAUCGAAGCAGACAAGCGAGGGAUCGACAGCCACGGCAUCGGGCGGCUCAAGUCCAUUUACUUGGACCGCAUCAAGAACGGCAUUCUGAAGCCUUAUGCUCCGAUCGACAUCAUCAAGGAAACAGAAACCACAGCUUUGGUCGAUGGGAACAUGGGCAUGGGCUUGUACGUGGGUCCCUUUUGCAUGGACUUGGCCAUUGCCAAGGCGAAGAAGUUCGGACUGGGCUUCGUAGCAUGCCGGAACUCCACGCAUUACGGGAUCGCCGGGUACUACGCCACCAUGGCAACUCAGAAGGGCUGCAUCGGGUUUUCUGGGACCAACGCACGGCCAUCGAUUGCGCCAACUUUCGGGGUGGAGCCCUGUCUUGGAACCAACCCGCUCUGCUUUGGCUUUCCCUCGGAUGAGCCCUUCCCCUUUGUGAUUGACUGCGCCACCUCCAUUUGCCAGCGCGGCAAGAUCGAGAAGUAUGCGAGGUUCGGCAAGUCCACGCCCAAGGGCAUGGUCAUUGACAGCAACGGCGAAGAGCGCACAGAUACGGAAGGCAUUCUGAAGGGCAUGGUGAAGGGUGAGUGCGCCCUAUGUCCUGUGGGAGGUGUGGGCGAUGAGCUGGGCGGCUACAAGGGCUACGGCUGGGCCGCGGUGGUGGAGCUGUUGAGCAUCGCCUUCCAGGAUGGCGACUUUGGCGCGGCCCUCUCGGGGGUGGACGCGAAAGGGAAGCCAGCCCCGAUGUCCCUGGGGCACUUCUUCUUUGCCAUCAACGUGGAAGCGCUUUGCGACCUCCAGGUCUUCAAGAAGAAGUCCGGGGACUUCUUGCGCUACCUGCGGAGCUCAGCCAAGGACCCCAACGGCCCCGGCCGGAUCUGGACGGCGGGCGAGCCGGAGCAUGACUUCCGCAAGCAGCGAGCGGCCGAAGGCGGCGUCAUGGUGCCCCCUGCGCUCCUCAAAGAUAUGCAGAACCUGCGGGAGGGGCUGCCAGGACUGAGAGACAAGUAUCUGAAAUUUUGCUUUGAGUAGACUUGCCUUGACACUUGCAUGGUGGGCCAAGACGGCCCUUCUCUUGGUUUUGAGAGCUGCAAAGGUGAUAGGGUGGCCUUUGCUAGCCGCACCGCUGGGGUCUUCAAUUGUUUCUUUCUUGCGA